CAGGAAUUAUCAUUGCGGAAUCUGAUUCCACGCAGUCAACAUCUAUAAACUAAACCUUAGAAAACUCUCGCAAGGAUUACCAUGACGAGCGUCUGCAGCAGCAAGUUCCAGCAGCAGCAUUACCAGCUGACCAACAGCAACAUUUUUUUGCUGCAACAUCAGCACCAUCAAAGCCAGCAACACCAGCUGAUUGCUCCCAAAAUACCCUUGGGUACCAGCCAACUGCAGAACAUGCAGCAGAGCCAGCAGUCCAAUGUUGGACCCAUGAUGUCCUCGCAGAAGAAGAAGUUCAACUACAAUAACAUGCCCUAUGGCGAGCAAUUGCCAUCGGUGGCCAGGCGAAAUGCCCGUGAACGCAAUCGUGUGAAGCAGGUCAACAAUGGAUUCGUCAAUCUCCGCCAGCAUUUGCCUCAAACCGUGGUUAACUCGCUGUCUAAUGGAGGACGUGGAACCAGCAAGAAGUUAUCCAAGGUGGACACACUGCGAAUCGCCGUGGAAUACAUUCGAGGACUACAGGACAUGCUCGAUGAUGGCACUGGCUCAUCAUCUCGUCCCAUUUACAAUUCUGCCGAUGAAAGCAGCAACGAUGGCAGCAGCUAUAAUGACUACAACGAUAGCUUGGACAGUUCGCAACAGUUCUUGAUGGGAGUCACCCAGUCUGCCCAAUCGCACUCCUACCACUCCGCCUCGCCCACGCCCUCGUACUCCGGAUCCGAGAUCUCCGGAGGCGGCUAUAUCAAGCAGGAGCUUCAAGAGCAGGACCUCAAAUUCGAAUCCUUCGACAGCUUCAGUGACGAGCAGCCCGAUGACGAGGAGCUGCUCGAUUAUAUUUCAUCUUGGCAAGAGCAGUGAGGGGUUCCUAUCGAAACUCCAAAACAAACAAAUAUUGUACAAACUGUAAAUAACCCGAAUUGUUGCCUUAGUGAGUGAGAAACAACGUCCCAAAUUUUACAUUAGCUUCUAAGUUACCCCACCUUUUUUUUAUUACAUUUAAACGCAAUGGAAGACAAUGAUAUAAAACAUAUUUUUUUCAUAGUUCUAAGUUUGUUAUAAGCAUGGAAGACACUAAACUAACUACUUUUAAGUCAAAAA